GGCUAUAACAAACAUAUAACAUAACAAAUAUAUGUAUAUCUUGAUCCGUGUUGCUUUAGACUUUGUUUAUUUAAUGACUUGCUGUCUGGCCCCGCUUCCCGUUUUAUCGUUCUCUCCCCUUUCUCCUUUUGUUUGACUUUUUGGCGCAAUAUUAUUCACCACACACCGGCCUCCAAACCCACCUCAGCACGAGCUCGACCGUAAAAACCACUUGUGAUUUUCGUUUUCCGUCAUAUGGUCACGCUGAGACAAGUCUUUUAAAAAAUUCUCAGAAUAAUUAAAUUUUCCUGGUACCUAGUAUAUAGUUUGUUUACCUAUUUGUAUUUAAAAGCUAGAGAGUCUUAAGAGGAAGCACGAUAAUGGCUUGGGUUCCCAAUUCUCGGUUCGAGGACGAUUUGGCGGACAACAAGGCCAAUAAAUCAAUGGAGUUUUGCCCGAGUACGAAAAGCGCCUACGAAUUUUCCGGAGCUCAAGAAAAGCAAAAUUCCGAACUCGAAAAAGUCUAUGGAAGUACAGGCGGAAAAGGUCAGGAAAUAUGUAAAAUCCUGCAGAUAAUGAAAAAAAUCAAAAAAAUUGCUGGUACAAGGCCGCUGGACGAGUGCGCAAGAACCGUCGACUCGGAUGAUACCAGCACCGCGGAACUGGAGGCUGUGGCAAUGAUGCGGCACUUUGGAAUGAUGUCUAUGGCGGAGGACAAGAUUCCCGUCCUGCCCGAGAUUGCACAGAAAUCCAUCCAAAUCAAUAGGAACGGCUGCCAGCGGUUUCCCCUAAUUACAGACCCCGAAUUUUUCAGACCCGUCAAGACUCGUCGACAGAGGAAUCCCAGUUCUGAGGAGGCCAACAGUGUUUCCUUACACAAAGACAAAAGUUUAAGCAUUAUCCUUUAUGGCUCUGUCAAUUCCCAUUUUAACACCUACCCAGAUAAAAAAAUCAACGAGCCGAAACAGGUUAAGCAUCUAGAAAUGCCAUAUGAAGAGCAGAAUACUUUCCCCAAAAAGGCGAUCACACCGACCGAAAAUGAGGAAUCAGCGGACUAGUUAAUGAUUAAUACGUUGCCAGGAAUACAAAACUACGAGCCUUAAGCAAUCAAACCCACAAAAAAUGCCUAUUAAUCAAAGAGGCAAUAAAUACGUGGAAUAGAAGAU